AUGGACGAAAAAUCUCCUCUUCUAUCCUAUUAUUCAUUAAAGAGACUCGUUUUUAAAAUGCAAAUUCAUUUUGUGCUAAUAUUUGCUGAUUGGAUUUUAUUUACUAAUUUUUUUACUGUUUUUCUAGAUUUACCAACACAGUUUUCAUUCAUGGCUAGAACCGAAUUUUGUUUGAUUAUACUUGGUACAGUAUCUUCUAUUAUUCAUGGAUCGAGCUUUCCUAUACUUUCAAUCAUUCUCGGUGGAAUGACCACUGUAUUUUUACGAGCUCAAAAUUCCGAUUUUUCAAAAUUUAGUGGCACGAAGACCGUUGAAAUGGGCAAUAAUAUUGCAUUAACACCGAUUAGUAGACAGAGUUAUUUAAAGGCCGUUCUUCGACAACAAAUUGCAUGGUUCGAGGAACAACGAACUGGGAAUUUAACUGCUCGUCUCACCGAUGAUUUAGAGCGAGUUCGAGAAGGCAUUGGAGAUAAAAUUGCUCUCCUAUUACAAAAUUGUUCAACUUCUUUGACUGGUUUUAUCAUUGGAUUCACCAUGAACUGGAAGAUUACAUUGGUAAUAAUGAUAUUCACACCAUUAACUGUAUUUACUGGAGCAUGGAUGGGUCGUACAACUGCUUCGAGGACUCGUAUAGAGCAAGAAAAAUAUGCAAUCGCUGGUGCUAUAGCUGAAGAAACGUUUAGUUCUAUUCGUACAGUAUUAUCAUUAAAUGGUGCUGAUCAGCAGAUUAAAAGUUACGAAAAAGCAUUGGAAGAUGGGCGUCGGACAGGUCUUGUUAAAUAUAUGUAUGUGGCUAUUGGCAUGGGCUUAAUGCAACUUAGCCUUUUUACAUCUUAUGCGCUCGCAUUCUGGUUUGGAUCAAUUUUGAUCAUUAAUGAUAACACAUUCGACAGAGCUGUCAUAUUUUCCGUAAGUUCAUUGAAAUUUCAUGUGCUUUUUGCUGUAAUGUCUGGAUCAACUGCUCUUGGAAGCGCAUUACCUCAAUUUGCCUCAUAUUCUACGGCACAUGGUGCUAUUAAAAAAGUUUUUGAAAUAAUCAACAGAAUACCAACUAUUGAUCCAUAUUCAAAUGAGGGUAUUUUUCCGGACAAAUUUAAAGGGAAUAUUUCUUUCGAAAAUGUCUCAUUUUCUUAUCCAACAAGAAAAAAUAUAAAGGCACUCAACAAUGUAUCCUUCAAACUGGCGCGUGGAAACAAAAUUGCUUUGGUUGGUUGCAGUGGCUGCGGGAAAUCCACAAUUGUCAAUCUGCUACUGCGAUAUUACGAUCCGACCGGUGGAAAUAUUUAUUUGGAUGGUAUUGACCUGGAAUCCUUGAACCUUAAAAAAUUGCGUAAUAUUAUUGGAGUCGUUUCUCAAGAACCUGUUUUAUUUGAUGGGACAAUCGAAAGCAAUGUACGCCUUGGCAGUUACGAAGUUACUAAUGAAGAUAUCGUGAAAGUUUGCAAAAAGGCAAAUGUCUGGCAUUUUAUACAGACGCUUCCGGAUGGUUUGAAAACAAGAAUUGGUGAAGGAGGUGUACAAUUGUCCGGCGGUCAGAAACAAAGAAUUGCAAUCGCAAGAGCUCUAAUCAAAAAUCCAUCAAUCCUGUUACUUGAUGAAGCAACAUCAGCACUUGAUACCGAAUCAGAAGGUGUGGUGCAAAAGGCGUUAGAAGAAAUGCAAAAAGAUCGAACAACGAUAAUUAUUGCGCACCGUCUUUCAACUAUUCAGGAUGUUAAUGAAAUACUUGUAUUCAAGGAUGGCUCAAUCGUUGAACGUGGCACUCAUACUGAACUCUUCUCAAAAAAGUCUUAUUAUUAUGAAAUGGUUAUCGCACAAAAUAUCAAUUCCUUAGGUAUAUUUGGAUUUGCAUUAUUGCCAUUUAGCUCAGAUGAUUCGAAAAUUCAUCUACAUGGAACCGAAAUCGCUAAAAUGUCGGAAAAAGACGGUGAUUCUGAUAUACCGUCCAGUGAAAUUGUAGAAACACGAAAGCUAACAUCCUCAAGCUCUAAGUCUUUGCCAUAUUCCCCUUUUUCACUUCAGUCCAGUUCUAUGCAGAUGAAACGACUUCAAAAGGCAUUAUCGGAAAUUUCUGUUGUGCCAGCUUCUUUGUCGAAAAUAUUUUUUAUGAAUAGGGAAUCAUGGAUAUAUUUCUUUUUUGGCAUUAUUGGAUGUUGUAUUAGCGGGAUCAUAAUGCCACUUUUUACUCUCGUAUAUGCUCAAAUUUUUAAUGUAUUAAGUGAACCUGUCGAUAAAAUCGUUUCUGAUGCUGUAUUCUGGUCUAUUAUGUUUCUUAUGUGUGGUUUCGCCAGUGCUCUUGGGUUUUUUAUUUCAGCGAAUAUGCUUGGUUUAUGUGGUGAAGCAUUAACUAAAAAAUUGCGAUUAUUGGCAUUUACCAAUCUCUUAAGACAAGACAUAGCCUUUUACGAUGAUCCAAAGCAUGGCACAGGGCAACUUUGUACGAGAUUGGCCACAGAUGUUCCAAAUGUUCGAUAUGUCUUCACUCGAUUACCUUUAUUUUUCACUGCAGCAAUUUCUUUUGCUGGAACAUUUUUGAUUGGCUUUAUUUUUGGCUGGCAAUUAACUUUAAUACUUCUUGCUCUUAUACCAUUUGUCAUCGGAAGUGGAUAUUUUGAAAUGAUGAUGAUGUAUGGAAAGCUUUUGCGAAACACGGAACUUCUUGAAGAAGCCGGAAAAAUAGCAAAUGAAGCAAUUGAAAACAUACGAACUGUACAUGCACUCAAUAAACAUCAUUUUUUUAUCAAUGAAUACUGUCAACGCUUGAAAUUGCCUUUUAGAAUGAACUUAAGACAGGCUCAUAUUUAUGGUGGUGUAUUCGCGUUCUCGCACUCAGUUGUUUUUUUCAUGUAUGCUCUAGCAUUCUGGGCUGGUUCGCUCUUUGUUAAUUCCGGAAUAAUGCUUCCAAUAAAUGUAUACAGAGUGUUUUUUGCAUUUGUUUUUUGUGGGCAAUCAAUUGGUCAAAUAAGUUCUUUUAUUCCUGAUAUUAUUAAAGCACGACUUGCUGCCUCCUUAAUUUUUUCCAUUUGUGAAUAUUCUACAGCCAUUGAUUCAUUAUCUACUAAUGGCUUGCAGCUGCCAAUAAGAGGUGACAUUCAACUAAAGAGUCUUCACUUUUCUUAUCCAGCACGUCCACGAAACCGUGUUUUGCAUGGAGUUGCGCUCAAUGUGAAAAAAGGAAAUACUUUAGCCAUUGUAGGAUAUUCAGGAUGUGGAAAAAGUACUAUAAUGGGGCUUUUGGAGCGCUUUUAUAAGCCAAAUAAAGGAACAAUCUUGGUUGAUGGACGAAAUAUUGAGGAAUACAAUAUCAAAUCAUUACGGCAACAAAUUUGUAUCGUCGGUCAAGAACCUAAAUUAUUCAAUUGUUCCAUCGAGGAAAAUAUAUUGUUCGGCAUUGAGCAUUUCAUUACUCACCAUGAAGUUGUUAAAGCUACUAAAUUAGCUAAUAUUCAUGACUUUAUUAUCUCUUUACCAAUGGGCUAUCAAACUCAUGUUGGUGAAAAAGGAAUGAAAUUGUCUGGAGGACAAAAGCAACGAAUUGCUAUAGCUCGAGCUCUUGUUCGAAACCCUUCGAUUCUUUUACUUGAUGAAGCAACUUCUGCACUCGAUACGCAAAGUGAAAAGGCUGUGCAAAAAGCCAUUGAUAACGCUCGAAAAGGUCGUACUUGUCUGAUUAUUUCCCAUCGCUUAUCAACCAUACAAAAUUCAGAUCUCAUUGUCGUUCUUAAUGAGGGAAAAAUCGUAGAGAAAGGUUGA